AUGUCGUCGAUCCGCAACGCCGUACAGAGGCGUUCCCAUAGGGAGCGUGCUCAGCCUUUGGAGCGCCAGCGGUUUGGCCUCCUCGAGAAACACAAGGACUACUCCCUCCGUGCCAAAGACUACAACAAGAAGAAGGCACAAAUCAAGUCCCUGCGCCAGAAGGCCGCGGAAUGCAACGAGGAUGAGUUCUACUUCGGCAUGCUCAGCCGCAACUCCAUGGGCUCGCGCGUCAAGGACGGCAGGAAGUGGUCCGGCACAGUCGCCGGCGACCGCGGCAACAAAGCCAUGGACAUGGAAACGGUGCGGCUUCUAAAGACGCAGGACGUCGGCUACGUGCGUACCAUGCGCAACGUCAUCUCCAAAGAGGUGAAGCGCCUCGAGGAGCAGAUCGUGCUUGUCGGCGGCAUCGAAGCCGCGAGCCACAACGACGAUGAUGCGGACCACAGCGACGACGAAAUCGACACGAGACCCGCGGCGCCGAGGAAGAUCGUGUUUUUGGACGGCGCGGAGGCCAAGGCGGAUGCCGCACAGGAGGAGUCGAUGGAGCUUGAUGGAGAAGAGGACGACGAGGACGAGUUUGAGGGUUUCGACGAUGACGACAAUAAGGACGCCGGCGAUGCCCAGGCACAGAAGGAGAAGGCACUUCAGCGGUUACGGCUGCAGCUACAAAAUGCGAAAAAGAAACUCAAGGUCCUUGCCAAGGCGGAGGAGGGCCUCGAGAUACAGCGUGCUAAGAUGGCCAAGACGGCUACCUCGGGCGGCACCACGAAGAAGGGCAAAAAAUUAAUGGUCCGGGCGCGCAAGCGAUAA